AUGAAUUUCGCCUUGGGCCUCCAGCCGCUGACAGGGGAGUCGAAUGCUGUGGACAACUUGGAGAAGCAGUUGAUCUGUCCUGUGUGUCUGGAGAUGUUCACCAAGCCUGUCGUCAUCCUGCCCUGUCAACACAACCUCUGCAGGAAAUGUGCCAACGAUGUCUUCCAGGCCGCCAACCCUCUGUGGCAGACCCGAGGACCGGCUGGUUUGUCAACAGGGGGUCGUUUCCGGUGCCCGUCAUGCCGACAUGAGGUGGUGCUGGACAGGCAUGGUGUUUACGGUCUGCAGAGGAAUCUCCUAGUGGAGAACAUCAUUGACAUCUAUAAACAGGAGUCUACCAGGGCUCUGACCCCAAAAGCAGAACAGCAGCAGCAGCAGCAGCAGCUGAUGUGUGCAGAGCAUGAGGAGGAAAGGAUCAACAUCUACUGCCUGUCCUGCCAGACCCCCACUUGCUCCAUGUGUAAGGUGUUUGGGGCUCACAGGGACUGCGAGGUGGCCCCCCUGCAGACCAUCUACAAGAGACAGAAGACAGAGCUUAGCGAUGGCAUCGCCAUCUUGGUGGCCGGAAAUGACAGAAUCCAAGCCUUGAUCUCGCAGAUGGAGGACAUCUGUAGGAACAUUGAGGAGAAUGGACGGCGACAGAAGAACCAAUUGUGUGAGAAGUUUGAGGUACUCUCCACCAUUCUGGACGAACGCAAGAGAGAGCUGGUGGAGCACAUCAGUUGCGAGCAGGACCAGAAACUCCGUCAUGUCCGCUCACUCAUCCGUCACCAUGGAGAUCACCUGGAACUGUCCGUCAAGCUGGUGGAGACAGCAAUCCAAUCCAUGGAGGAGCCCCAGAUGGCUGUGUUUCUGCAGAGCGUCAAAGAAGUGCUUAAGAAAAUCGCAGACACCAAGGUGGUGGCCUCCAACCUUGAGCGGGCCGAACCGGGGUAUGAGAGCAUGGCCCACUUCAUCGUCAGCACGGAGGAGGUCGCCGACAUGCUGAGGAACAUCGACUUUCACACAGGUUCGCAGGGUGAAGAUGGAGAAGAUGGUGUUGACAUGGAGGAAGGGGCUGAGGAUUCAGUCUCUCUGUCCACUGUCGGGGUAGAGCCUACAAGACACUAG